GUACUGUACCUGUGUGGUUCCACAAUGUUCUUGAUGUGGUUUUUUGUCAUGAGUGUCUUUCACUCCUCUUUAGGGGAGAAUAGUUGCCUCCGUGCAUACUCUCCUGGGGAUAUCAUCAUUGGAGGACUUUUCCCUAUUCACUUAAAAACCAACAGGACUGAAACUCCAGGACCUGUCUCCUGUAGUGACUAUGAUUUACAAAUGUUCCUGCGCAGUCAAGUGAUGAUCUAUGCCAUCCGAGAAAUAAGCCUACCUGAUAUCACCAUAGGCUACGACAUCUAUGACACUUGUGGAGAUGUCAGCCUCGCCAUAAUGGCGACUCUCGAGCUGCUGAAGAACCAGUCAGACCCACAAAGCUGUUUACUGCCAGCAGAACCCCAAACAAAAGUGGUGAUCGGGGAAACUUCUUCAGAAGUAUCGAUAGCUGUUGCACGAAUUGUUGCUCUGUCAUCAGUUGCCCAGAUUAGUUAUGCAUCGACCAGUGAGUUGUUAAGCAGGAAGUUCAAGUUCCCCACUUUUCUGCGAACAGUGCCUAGUGAUGAAUAUCAGACAAAGGGUAUUGUUGAGCUGGUGAAGACAUUUCAUUGGCAAACAGUGUUCAUUGUCGGAAGUGAUGAUGAAUACGGGAAGUACGGCAGUGACGGCCUUGUGAACACUUUCAGUGAAACAAACGUCUGCGUUGAAGCUGUUCGCAUCUUGUCUGCUGAUUUUGUGAAAAACGAUUCCCAGACCCAAAGGAAGCUGAAUGAACUACUGGGAGACAUCAAAAACUCCUCCGCUGAGGCCAUCAUCCUCUUCACGAAGGACUCCAAUGUUAAAAUCAUCCUGGAAGCAGCUAUUAAAGACAAAGUCAACAGAACUUGGAUUGCAAGUGAUUCAUGGUCCAACUCUCCUAAGUUGUCUGCAAUGCCAGGAAUUGAGCAUAUUGGACAAGUUUUUGGGUUCAUCUUCAAGCAGAGUGAGGUGCCUGGCUUUAAAGACUACGUCAUGUCGAUGUUUAAUGGAACUAAAAAUGACAUUCUCAACUAUCACCUGACACAGUAUCCACUUUGUUCAAAUCAGUCUUUAGAAGUAAAGCAGUGCCUGGACCUAAGCUCACUGCUUAAGGACAUUCACAACUCUGAAUUAUAUAGUAUCUAUUUAGCUGUUCAAGUCAUUGCUGAGGGUCUCAAAAGCUUGCUGAAGUGUGACAACCAUCAGUGUGAACGUAGCUCCAAAUUCACAGCCUCGGAGCUUCUCUCAGAAAUCAAGAAAGUAAACUUUACUGUGAACACAACACAUUUAUUCUUUAGUAAUGGAGAUCCCAGUUUGGGAUACGAUAUCAUAUACUGGAACAUGAGUGGAACAGUCAAACAGGGUGCAAAUAUAGAAUGUAUUGGAGAAUACCAGCCAGAUGGAAAAAUUAAAGUCCCAGUAGACCUUUUGAAACACCUGAUAAAUGAAACGGGCUCUGUUUACAACUGCUCAAAAAGAUGUGAUCCAGGACAAGAACUAAAAAAGGAAACAAAAAUGUGUUGUCCGGUUUGUAUUCCAUGUGCAAGUGGAGAGUUUUCCCCUGGAAACAGUUCAACAUGCAAGCGCUGUGAUGAAUGGCAAUAUUCAUCUGAACAGAGGAAUGAGUGUUUAAACAAAACAGAUGAAUUUCUCCAAUGGUCAGAUCCCUUCUCGAUCAUCCUCUGUUCUCUGGCAGCCGUUGGGAUCAUUCUUACUGUUGUGUUUACUGUUCUGUUUGCAGUCUAUCUUAGAACUCCCAUCGUGAACGCAGUUGGAGGUUAUUUGUGUUUUCUGGAGCUUUUUUCCUUGUUGGCCGGUUUCUGCCUUAUAUUCACCUUCAUUGGCAAACCUACUAAGAGCUCAGACUGUAUGGGUCUGCCUCUCUUUGGUAUAGCCUUUACCCUCUGUAUUGCUUGCAUUCUGGCUAACUUAUUUCAGAUCUUGGUGGGUUUCAACUUUGACCUUCAGAGAGGGUCUUGUAUAAAGAAGCUGAAUAAGCCACUGCUGUUGGUGACCAUCAUCUCUGGGGUCCAGUUAGCCUUGUCUGUGUCAUGGCUGAUCAAAGAACCACCAACUCCUAAAGUGAACACUGACUUUUCAGACAAAACCAUCCUGCACCAGUGUGAGGUUGCGCCCCUUCACCACUUUUUAGCCAUGUUAGCCUACAACGGUUUCUUGGGUCUUAUUUGUUUCAUGUUUGCAUUCAAAGGGAAACAGUUGCCAGAUUUGUAUAAAAAUGCUUCUUUAAUCACCAUCGGCAUGCUGAUGUUUAUAGUCAUUUGGAUCAUCUUCCUCCCUAUUUAUCUGACGUUGACAGGGAUGUACAAACCAGCAGUAGAAGCUGCAGCCAUCCUCACUUCCUGCUUCAGCAUCCUUGGCUGUCACUUGGCCCCCAAGUGUUACAUUAUGUUGUUCAGGAAAGAGCUUAAUCAUCAGAACGCUAUUACUGAGUACAUCAGGAAGCAUUAUGAGCGGAAGGGCAUAUCUGUGGUGCAGUCGUAGUCUCACCUAAACUCUCUGUGAGUGCUAUAAAUAACACUGAUCUGCAACAAAAUUUACCUGCUUUUGAUGAAAUUAUACCCACUGGGUCUUUCUGGCAAUUUAAUAUGUGGUUUGGCCAUAGACUGUAUAUAAAAGAUGAAUGCAGCCACUGGGACAUCACCCAUUGGUUACUGAAGUCCUGCUGUGAAACCUCAAGCUGAGCGUUUUCAUUGUUGUCAUUUUAGCUUUUAUUAUCGCAAUGGCUUCACUUUUCCAACUUGGAAUUUUGUAUAUUUAGCCUGUGAAAUUUUACCACACAAAGAAAAAGUUGAAUAUUUUCUAAGCUAACCACAUCUCAGCUGCAGCCCACCUUCACCAGAAAGUGAAUAAAUGUUUAACUCUUCUUUUGUCUAUCAUCUUUCUGUGGAAUCAUAUAACAUGCAGAAUUUCCCUCACCAAAAGUGGAGCACUGACUUCUUGAGCUGUGUAAUUGUACUAUUAACUGCACGGCAACCCAUAUUAUUUGUCAUGCAAAUAAUGCUCCAGAACGCACAAACAUGAUCCAAAGGUCCGCUUUAGUGCUUCUAAUUAGCUGAGGUGACGCAUCAGUCAAAGAGGCUACACCUCCAACAAUGCAAACUAUUGCCUGUUUGCAUCCAGCUUUUCAAUUGCUGCCAUCUUGUGGCCACAGUUGACUUGAAGCAGGUUUGACUCCCAGCCGCUUGAAUCUGUAACUUAAGUUGUUUUAAUGGCCAUUUGUGUCCCAUUAACAGCAGCUUGAGCUCACCAAGCUGAGAAGGAAGCAGCUUUCUCAGGUUCUCUGCACAUGUGCAUUGUGGAUAAACCGCUGGUCUUUGACAGGAAACCGCCUUGCUACACAAGCUCCUGCUGGCUCUGCUUUCCCUGCUCUGAGAUCAGUUACCACACACACGGCAUGCAUAAUAUUGUAAAUACUCAUAUAGGUACCAGGUCAUUUAUCAGUUCCAGUCACUGGGGACACUAAUAUAGUAGCAGUAGCACAGUAACACUGAUGAUAGAUGUUUGGCCUUAUUUGGCAAAGUUGUUGUUGUAACUUAUA